AUGGUCGUGGUGGUACCCAAGUGCAAACAGUACAAACAAGAGGCGCGUGCCAUUCGCCGCAUCAUCGUCUUGAUCAAGGGCAUCUUGGUCUUGCCAUCGCAGUUUCACACCUCCGUUUUCGCGACAGCUUCAGACGUGACCUUACAACCCGAGACCUUUCGUCGUGAACCGACGGCGCAAAGAAGCUCUGAUCGCAAAUCACGGUUCCACUUCACUAUCGCGUCUCAAGAAUUACUCUCGCCUAAAGUCGCCGAAGUCUCUGGCAGAAACCAGUAG